CUUCUUCAACCAAAAAAGGCAAAAAAAAAAAAAAAAAAAAAAAAAAUCUCCUUCUCACCCUCUUUAUUCAAAGGAGAGGGCGAAGAAAAGGGGAAUCGCUCUAAUGGAGAAAGCGCUUACGAAGGUGGGGAGCUUUUGGAUCUCGCGAAAGGCGAAAGAGGAGAUCUCCUCCAUCGGCGAAGAUCUCUCCCGUUUCUCGAGCACUGUGGAAGAGAAAGCUAAAUGGAUCUUCGAGAAAUUGAAAGGUAAACCACUGAAAUCCUUGCCUGACCUCCUCCGUGAGUAUAAUCUCCCACCGGGCCUCUUUCCUAGAAACAUCAUAACCUACGAGUUCGAUGAAACCAACUCGAAGUUGGUUGUUCACCUGCCUUCAACCUGUGAGGUCAGCUUCAAAGAUUCUUCUGUAGUGAGGUAUGCGUCCCGCGUCAAGGGGACCUUGUCGAGGGGCAAGCUCGCCAACAUAGAAGGGAUGAAGACCAAGUUCAUGGUGUGGGUCAAAGUCACUCAUGUAGGUGUGGAGAGUUACAAGUCCGACAAGGUGUGCUUCACGGCUGGGGUGAAAAAGCUGCGGCCGAAAGAUGCUUACGAGAUCCCUCGUGAUUCGAUCACAGCGGAAGAUUUUUAAGGUGCUACUCUUUAUUCUUCUCCGUUACAUUAAUGUUGCAAGUCCUUAUUGUAUUGUUUCAUCGGCAUAGUUGUACAUGGAAGCAUUGGAUCUCAUCAAAAGAAGAUUCUUAAUUUGGUACUCUUACCUUUAUUGUUACUAUUCUCAGUCCUCAUUGUCUUGUUUCAUUCGCAUGUUUGUACAUGGAGACAUCUUUAUUAUAGUGUUCUGUUAUUAUUAUUAUUAUUAUUAUUAUUAUUAUUAUUAUUAUUA